AUGCCUUCUAGAGCAUCCAAGGGGAGGCUUUGGUGGUUGUCCAAAUUCCAUCGCCAGCUGCCUAGGGAGCGGGGCAAGGAGCUGUCUGCAGAUGAGAGCAGGCCAAUUAAUAGAGGUGUCCACACUCACCUGACAACCCCGUGGCUUCUGCUCACUAGCUGCUGUUCUGUGGAGCACUGUGGCUUCCACUGGUCUUACUUAAUGUAUGCGUUUCCUGAGGUUGUCCCCCUUAACAUUGGAGGGGCUCACUUCACGACACGCCUGUCUACCCUGCGGCGCUACGAAGAUACCAUGCUGGCAGCCAUGUUCAGUGGACGACAUUACAUCCCUACAGACUCCGAGGGCCGGUACUUCAUUGACCGAGAUGGCACACACUUUGGAGAUGUGCUGAAUUUCCUGCGCUCGGAGGAUCUGCCACCCCGGGAACGCGUGCGGGCUGUAUACAAAGAGGCUCAGUACUAUGCCAUUGGACCCCUCCUGGAGCAGCUGGAGAACAUGCAACCACUGAAGGGCGAGAAAGUGCGCCAGGCAUUUCUGGGACUCAUGCCCUAUUACAAAGACCACCUGGAGCGGAUUGUGGAGAUCGCCCGGCUGCGUGCGGUCCAGAGGAAGGCCCGCUUUGCCAAGCUCAAGGUCUGUGUCUUCAAGGAGGAGAUGCCUAUCACCCCCUAUGAGUGUCCGCUCCUCAAUUCCCUGCGCUUCGAGCGGAGCGAGAGUGACGGGCAGCUCUUUGAGCACCACUGCGAGGUGGAUGUGUCUUUUGGGCCCUGGGAGGCAGUGGCUGACGUGUAUGACCUACUGCACUGCCUGGUCACGGACCUCUCGGCCCAAGGCCUCACUGUGGACCACCAGUGCAUAGGCGUGUGUGACAAGCACCUUGUCAACCACUACUACUGCAAGCGCCCCAUCUAUGAGUUCAAGAUCACAUGGUGGCUGCCCAAUGCUUACCAUGCAGAAAGCAGUCAGCUGUACUCUGGAAGUUUCUGUUCUUCUUUCCUGGGACUUAGGAUGUUUUGAGAGCUGUCUGAGCCUUGUGCCUCAGGCUGAUCAGGUGAUAUAACCUUCCUGCUCUGGGUGCUCACUGGACUACUAGGAAGUAGACAUUUGCAAGAUAUGGAAUGAGGUGAGCAUCCGUGUGUGAUCUUGGUGCAAGCUGGAUCCUGAAGAGGUUAAAACAAAUAGCAACAACAAAGCAAAAACUACUUGCACUGAGCAUUUUAAUCCCAGUAAGAAUUUCAAAUGUUGCCCUUCUGCAUACUUUCUGUCCCUACUUUAUUCUAAUGUAAGUGAAUAAACUUUAUUGGGUACUAUUUUA